AUGAAUUGGACUAAUACGAUUCGCGCACCGACGAAAUAAGAGCCGGAAUCAUGAGGAAAUAUCAGAUUUACGUGAUUUGUUUUGUUGUUUUGGCUUUUGCCGCUGCCACAGCUACAAGAGUUUGCAGCAACAGAAAUAUCUUGUGCUCUGUGGUUAGAUCAACUAGUUGUUCAAAGAAAAUCGUUUCCAGUCAUUGCCCAAGGCUUUGCAACACAUGUGGAGCAAAAUGUCGAAACAUAAAGGCGUCAAUGCGCGUUGAUUGUGGCUACCAUGGAAUUAGUCCGUUGGAUUGCUUGAGAAAGGGAUGUUGUUAUGGCGAAUUAAAGGUGGCUGGCCCGUGGUGUUAUCAUCGAAAAGCAAACUGUCCCAUGAUUGAAGCAAACAAACGUGAAGAUUGUGGUUACCCUGGGAUAAGCAAAUCAGAUUGCGUCAAAAAAGGAUGCUGUUACAACGCGAUCAAGGAAAAGGGACCGUGGUGUUAUUACAGGCAAGAAAAAUGCCGGAAAAUAGCAGCAACAAGACGUCAUGAUUGUGGUUAUCCAGGCAUAACGAAGCGGGAAUGCGAGAAGAAAGGCUGUUGUUAUAGUGAAUUGCUAAACCAAAGUGGACCGUGGUGCUACCACCGCCUAGAAAAAUGUCUGCGCAAAGCAACAGAACGUGACGACUGCGGCUAUCCUGGUAUAACAGAAUUCGAAUGCAUGAAAAGAGGUUGCUGCUAUAAUUCAUUGCCCGGUCGUGGGCCAUGGUGUUAUUACCGAUGAGAUACGAGGACCUUCGGAAGAUUAUAUGCGAACUUUAGUCUACUCAUUGUUGUAAAAAUAUGUUGUCAAAUAAAUACCUCUAAUA